GCUGGACGGGUGCACACGCGCCCGCAGUGCCAUGGUCAGCGUCAGCGUCACUGUCGCCGUCGUCCACCUCGUAGGUGCUCUCGGACCGCAUCGUGGUGAGCCAUCCCCCUGUCGACGCCGACGUACCGACACCAACGUCUCGCCGUGUGCACGAAUCGCGCUAGCGCCUUGACCGGUCUCACUCCAGAACUUGGGCUGUCCCGGAUUCCCUCAUGGUCUCGGCUGGCGCUGCCUCUGCGACGCUGCUGCACUGUUCCCCCCGCCCGCCCACCGUCCGCCGCACGCUCUUCGAUGCCCGCACUGUCCCGGCGCCGUCCUGACCAGCAAGUCGCCGCGGCAAUUGGCCGUCUGGAGUCGCCGCCUUUCUGUGCCGGAGCAGGAGCUGGCGCUGGAGCCGCAGGAGGAGCAAGACAUGGCCACUCCCACCGACCGAGCACGAGAGCUGGAGCGCAUGUACCAGCUGCGGCGUGGACAUGCGCCGCGCAUCUCCAUCAGCGAUGACAGCCACCACGUCACCGAGGCCAUAGGCGACAUGUACGGCAGUGGGGACAGCGACGCCGACAUGGCCGCCCGACGCAACUCCCGCCCGCUGAGCUUCCUGCCCGACCCGUUCGGCGACGCCAUCCAGUCCUUCGACCCCUUCCCCACGGCCCCUCCCGCGAGGUCCCCGCUCCGCCCCCAGCUGUCCAGCGACAACCUGCUCAGCCCGACGGCACACAAUGGCAGCAUGCACAUGAAUAUGAACAUGAACAUGAACAUGAACACGGGCAUGAGCGCCCCGCAGGACAGGGCCCCACCCGCACACAACGGCCCCAACGGCGUCAAGACUCCGCCCCUCUCGCGCACAAGCUCGGACACGGCGUCGCAGCAGUUCCCCCUCAACGACAUUGACUACGAGUCGAGCCCCGCCGGCUUGGCCCAGGAGCUGAGCAACCUGCAGGCCAUACGCAGAAUGUCCAUGGGCAUGGGCGGCGCCGACCCGGACCUGCCCUCGUUCCAGUCCGGCGGCACUCCCGCAAUUUCUCCGCCGCAUUUCUCCGAAGAGGACGACCCCUCGGCCCUGUUCUGGGUCCCCGCACGCUUGCACCCGGAGCUGGCGCCCGUCGAGUUCAAGACGUUCAUUGAAGACAAGAUAGACAAGACGAGACGCCGGUCGGGCGACGCAGAGUCGAUGCUAUCUCCCGACGGCCCUCCUGGCAGGCAGGGCUCGGUGGGAGGGCUGCGGAGGAAGAAGUCGAUGCUGUCCAGGCAGGUCGACAAUGGGGUGGGCUACAAGGACGGUGCUGAGCGGCUGGAGAGGACCCGGUCCGGUCGCCAGGUCAGCGGCGGCCUCGGGGAUGUGCAGGAGCUUGAGCACAUCAUCGAGGACCCAACCUCACUGGUGAGGCGCAUGAGCAUGUCUGCCUCCGAGAGCGAGACUGGGCCCGACGGCGAUACACCUAUUCUGCCUGGCAAGGUCGGGCCUGGCUUUUUGAAACGAUCCACACGCACCACAUAUCGACGAGGCAGUCUACGCAAGGGGGGGCCUGCUCUUUCACGGCGCCUCAUCACACGACAGGUAGAGACGGACACAGAAGAGUCUCCAUCCACCUCGCCAACGCAUUCAGACGGCAUACCCGACGUGCCACGCCUGCCGCUGAACAGGGUCCAAUCAGAGCCUGUCAACUCGGCGUUCGAGUCGCCCUCCAACUUCUCUCGCCCGUCACACAAAAAACUACCAAAGGGGGAUGAAGACAGACCUGGUUCUGCAGAGGAAUAUGGCCGGCCAGGGUCGUCCGAGCGUGGAUCAGACGAACGGCCACGCUCAGACGAUCGGCCACGGCCCCAGCCGAAAGCGUUCCACUCCAGGAUUGCCUCCAAUGGCCGAACCACGGCACCUCUGCCUGGCUACGUACCCCCGCAGCUUCCCCAGAUCAUCGCAACACCCCCGCCGCAAGAACUGGAUAGGAGAUCUCCGCUGCCACUGCCAGAGCGUCUUUCGUCUCGACAGCCGCCCCCGCAGCAACCUCUGCAACCCCUGCCACCCCCUCAACAACAACAGCAACCACAACCACAACCACAACCGCAACCGCAACAACAACCCAACGGCCCCCGCCAGCCGCGUCCGCUGGCUCAUCCCCAGCCUCACACUCCACCCCAGCCACGGCAAUCCCCAUCUCGACCGAACCGCCAUGCACAAGCUGCUCAAGCUUCUCCCAUCAGUCCUGCGCAGUCGUUCGAUGACGUCGUUCAACGUCCAUCGCCGAUCCCAGGUCAAAGCAACGCCAGAGCAGACAACUUGUCGAUAGUCCCCAAUCUUCCCGAGGAGAAGAAGUCAGAUCCCAAAGCAAAGGUCAAGAAAGAUGACGGCAACGCGAGGAAAACCAGUUGGGGUUGGUUAGUCGGCGGCAAUCAGGAUAAGGAACGCGAUAAGAAAGAGAAAGAUGACAAGGACAAGGAGGUCGCGAAGAAGGUCAAGAACAAGCUCACCAAACCACAAGAAAAGAGCCACGACGAUACGAGACUUGACCUGCUGCAAACAUCAAUUCAACGUGGAAAUGGUAGCCGGGAGAGUGUGAUAUUGGAUCGUGAAGGCGUGAAGCUGGAAGAAGAGCGAAAGAAAGAAAGCAGCCGGAAGACGUCGAGCGACAUCAAGAAGGAGAAGGAGCCCGGCCUACUAUCGUCGAUAUUCGGCGGCGGAAAGAAGAAGAGCAGCGAAAAGGAGUUGGCCCCGAAGAAACACACAUCGCGCGGGCUGUCACCAGAACCUCCCCCACGCAUCCUCAAGCCAGAUAUCGACUACAACUGGACCCGCUUUUCGAUCCUGGAGGAGCGCGCCAUCUACCGCAUGGCGCAUAUCAAGCUCGCCAACCCAAGGCGUGAACUCUACUCCCAGGUUCUGCUCAGCAACUUCAUGUACUCGUAUCUUGCCAAGGUGCAGCAGAUGCACCCGCAGAUUCAGAUUGGAAACUCCAAACAGGCUAAGCAGGCGCAGCAGCAGCAGCAGGCCGCUCAGCAGAGGAAGGAGCAAAAGCAGCAGCAACAGCCACAGCCACAGCCACAGCCGCAAUUACAGCCACAGCCACAGCAGCAGCAGCAACAUCAGCAGCCGCAACAACAGCAACAGCAAGCCCAGCCAGAAGAGUUUGCCCAGUACCAGCGGUACCAGCAGCAACAACAACAGCAAUCUCAACCCCAACCCGAACAAUCCAACGAGUGGCCCAGCGUCGUCCCCAAGCAAAACGAUAAUCAGGCUAACCCUCGCGACUCGCACCACUCGCACCACAGCUCGAGUGGGUCAAACGGAUCGAAUGGCACGACUGCGAAGGGGUAUAGUGUGGCAGGGACGCAGAACUACCUUGGUCAGGCGGGCAGUCUAGGAGGGAGGACCGGCGAGGUAGCGGCGGGAAAGGAGAGGGAUGAUGAUAUGUGGUGAAUGGGGUAUGGAUGAGGAUGAGGAUGACGUUAUGAAUGUGAUGUGAUGUGAUGGGCUGGAU